AGAGAAGUAUUGGAAAAAACAGGCUUUUAAAGAAUUGAGUUUCAAUCAAUUUGUAAGCAACAUUUUUAUACAAAAUGUAUCUAUUACCAAUUGGAGUAAUUAUUUGCCAUUUUUACUUUAUAAAAACACAAGAGAUAUUUGAAUCGGAUGUGAAUAUGAGAGUUGAUGCAGGAACUAGAACAUGCAUUUUCGAAAAAGGCAAAUCUGGACAAAUUAUGGAGUUUUUUUAUCAAGUUCUGGAUGGUCAACAUGGAGAUUUGGAUAUAUCAGUGGAUGUCUUUAGUCCAAAUGGUGAUAAAAUUAUUUCUGACCAUAAGAAGUCGCAAAAUUCCAUAAUAAUGGAUUUGGAACAUGAAGGUGAUUAUAUUUUCUGCUUAGACAAUACACAUAGUUUAAUGAAUUCAAAACUUGUCUUUGUAUAUGUGGUGAUAGAAGAAAAAAAUAAAAAAGAAGAUAGUGAUGUGAGUGUUAUUGGGGAAGAUGAAGAGGAACAUAAAGAUGAGGCAAUUGUUGAAUGGUUUGGUGUAGAUGAAAAUGAUGAAACAUAUGUUAUACCAGUGUCAGUCAUUAUAGACUCUGUAGCACGUACGCUUAACUAUGUGAUACGAGCGCGCCAUAUGUUAGAUAUCUACAGUGCAACAAAAACCCGAGAUGGAUACCUAGCAUUAGAAGACACAUUUAUCGUUGAUGUGUGGUCAGCAUGUCAGAUUACUCUUAUGAUUUUUGUUGGGACUUUGCAAGUCUAUAUGAUAAAAAAUUUAUUUAAUGGACAUAGUAGAAUUUAGAUAAAUAAUUCUUUUGAACUAUUGAGGUAAAAGAAAUAAAUAGUUUUUCAAAUAGCAACAGCAUAUUCUUUUAAAGUCUAAGUUGCGUGGAUACAUUUCUUGGUCAUAAUAAUUAAUAUAACGCUAAUGAUAAGUCUAAUGACAUUUUAAUGUCAAAUAUUUAAAAAAAUACUGUUACUAAGUAUAAUUGAUAAUGAUAAACAUGCAUAUAAUGUGUCUUGGAAUUUGAACUUGCUCAUUAAUAAUGUAUAAACAUACAUUAUGAUAAUGAAAUCGCAUAAAUAUACCUGGUAGUCCAUCUACAAAAACUUCAGUCU